GGUACAUGCGUUCUCCAAGGGGCAAACUUUCAAUUAUCAUCAUCAUAAUCAACAACUCUUAUCUGCAAAGCAAAGAGCUCUGGAAAACUGUUUCCUGGUUUUUUCCAUUUUUCCUCUCUUAGUUCAAUCUCUACUAAAAUCAAGAAGAAUGAGUAAGCGCUCGUUCAAGCAAGAGCAUGACUUUGAAAAGAGGCGUGCCGAGGCUGCAAGAAUCAGGGAGAAAUACCCAGAUAGAAUUCCAGUGAUUGUGGAGAAAGCUGAGAGAAGUGAUAUUCCCAACAUUGACAAGAAAAAAUACCUUGUCCCAGCUGACCUCACGGUGGGUCAAUUCGUCUAUGUAAUUCGGAAGAGAAUUAAACUGAGUGCAGAAAAGGCGAUAUUCAUAUUUGUGGAUAAUGUCCUCCCACCAACAGGAGCCAUAAUGUCUACCAUUUAUGAUGAAAAGAAGGAUGAAGAUGGAUUUCUCUAUGUUACUUACAGUGGAGAAAACACAUUUGGAUAACAGAUUAUGAAGCCCAAGUCAUCUGUCAUUGGUUUCCAGCAUCGUACCAAAUGUAUGAACUUAUUUUACAUUUACAGUUGUGCUUUGUAUAUAACAUGUCAACAGACUUUAUGAUGCCUAUUCCAUUGAUGUGUAUAAUCUUUACCUUCCAAUUGCAUGCUUUCUUUAGAAGCAAGGCAUAUUUAAAGGCUUCUUUGGCAAGUGUUGGGUAAACUUGCUUGUGAACCUUACAGAAAUUAAACAUAGUGCACUAAUCUUUAGCC